AUGCAUCAGGAGGUCCCCAGGGACAGCAGAGGCUCCGGGGCUGAAGCAGCGAUCAGAGGGGUGGGGACCCGGGAGGCCGCCAGUGGGAGGGUCGUGGGAGGAGCCCCGGGAGAACGGGGUCGGGGGGGCGGGGGACAGGAGGGGGAUGACGGCUGCGAGAACCCCGGCGGGGCGGGGCGGGCCGGCACGUCCCGGUCGGGCUGCGGCGGAGCGAGCGGGGCCAGCUCUGCAGAAGGCGGCGGCUGGCUGGCCGGGACGGUCACAUCCCGCUGCAGGGGCCGGCGGAGCAGCCGCACUGCCUCCCGCACCGGGACUCAGGCCAGCGGCCAGGCCGCGCCGGCACCGCCCCCUGCUCGGGGACAGACUACGCGGCCCGUCCCAGCUCUGGGGGCCUCCGCAGCCCCGCGGCCGGCUCCCGCUACGCCUCCGCUCGGGCAGCGCCACGGAGUCGGGCGAUGGGCCGCCCUCUGGGCACCGAGCAGCCCCCCGAGGCCUGACCGACCGCGAGGACCGGCGGAGGAGCCCCGCCUGGAUGUCAAGCGGAAGUCCCAGUGCCUCCCAGCGAACUCGGUGGGGACCAUGGCUUCGCUGAUGCCCCUCUCCCCAUAUUUAAGCCCCACGGUCCUUCUGCUGGUCAGUUGUGACCUGGGCUUUGUGCGAGCAGACCGGCCUCCCUCUCCUGUGAAUGUGACAGUCACUCACCUCAGAGCCAACUCGGCCACUGUGUCCUGGGACGUCCCAGAAGGCAACAUCGUCAUUGGCUACUCCAUUUCCCAGCAAAGACAGAAUGGCCCUGGACAGCGUGUGAUCCGGGAGGUGAACACCACCACUCGGGCCUGUGCCCUGUGGGGCCUGGCUGAAGACAGCGACUACACAGUGCAGGUCAGGAGCAUCGGCCUUCGGGGAGAGAGCCCCCCAGGGCCUCGGGUGCACUUCCGAACUCUCAAGGGUUCUGACCGGCUACCCUCAAACAGCUCGAGUCCAGGUGACAUCACAGUGGAGGGUCUGGAUGGAGAGCGACCGCUGCAGACGGGGGAAGUGGUCAUCAUUGUGGUGGUGUUGCUCAUGUGGGCUGCUGUAAUUGGGCUAUUCUGCCGUCAGUAUGAUAUCAUCAAGGACAAUGACUCCAACAACAACCCCAAGGAGAAGGGGAAGGGACCGGAACAGAGUCCUCAGGGAAGGCCAGUGGGGACAAGACAGAAAAAGUCACCAUCCAUCAACACCAUCGAUGUAUGAGUGAAGGAACAGAACCAGAAAACAGAUGCACAAGCAACCUGGGGAUGGGGUGGGGAUGGGGUCAGGGAGAGCCCCAGAUGGUGAUCUGCCCAAGACCGAAGGAUCCCAGUUUCCUAGAGGGUAAAGACACUCCCACAACCUCAGGCCUGGUACCCAUCCUCUUUCCACUGUGAGCAGGGCCAGAAGGUAGGUCUCUUAGGGUCUGCACUCCUGGACCUGGGGAAUGGCUAUCAGAUGGGAUAUGUCCUUCCAUCCCCCAGGUCCAGGGAAGAGUCACUUAUUCAACUGUAUCCCAUUAGGUCCCAAACGGGGCCUCCAUUUCACCUGCAUCAGGACUCUCGGCAUACCCAGCUGCCCCCACAUCUUGCCUCUGGGUCUCAGAGAGGGGUGUUUCUUUGGGGACUCCCCCUCCUCCAGCCAAUAAAAGUAAUUGUCUGGGUCUGGAGGCAGAUGCCGCACUGCACUACUCCAAUGUCUUCCAUGGAGCCUCAGGUGCUCCCCCUCUCACCUGGUAGCCCCUCCAGCUGCUGGUGAUCUCACCCCUUGGACAUUUUUCCAAUAAAGGUUCUUGGACAAACUGGA